AUGAGUGCCAACGCUGUGAAACCGAUAGCAAAUUCCCCACCUCGUGUCAAAAGCUCGGGCCAGCAGCUCAAAAGCGCGGCCCAACGAACCACGGAGGGGGAGACCUCGAAGAACCCGAAUCCCCAGAAAGAGAAGCCCCAGGAGCAGCCGCCCCAGCAAUCUACCUCGCGAAUGAAAGCGCUUCCGCAGCUCGAGCCCAAGCCAAAGAAAGCACCGAAUGGGCGGAGAUCUAGCAAGCCCAUUAUCAAUUGGUUCCAGCGCAAGCUCGCGGGGAAGGUGAAGACGAAGAGGACGGAGAAUGCGGCCCCCUUUAUUGACAAUCGCACGAAAGUGCCUUCACGGAAUGGCCAGCGCGUUGCGUCCUCGCCUUUCCCCUCUUCCGCAGCGGUCGCAGGUAGGGGGCAAGGCAAACUGGAGGCGUCGGUCAAGCGCAAGACCAUCUCACUUAACGAUGAGGACGACGGCCGAGGAUACAUUCAUUCCGAUGAGGACGAAGACGAUGAAGCACGCUCUUUCGAUGGCUCCUCUACCUGGUCACCGAACAGCCAGCACGAAGCUGAUGAAGAUGCUUCGGUGCGACCCAUUCCUCCCAGUGCGCCUCCUUCCCCAUCGCCUUCUCGUUCAUCGUCCUCCUACCUCUCCGAUCCCCGCACAUUCCGGAGUAUGGCUGCUAGUACGAAGCCGACGACGCUACUCAGUAUUGACUUGAACGGAGGAGGCAUGGCACAUAUCGCGCAGGCGCCAACCAAUGCCGCUCCUCCGCAAGCACAGAGAUUGCCUCAUAUCCGAACAUCAUCCACGGGUGGUGGCCCUGCUCUGCUCAAUACUGGCACUUCCAUCACGUUCUCAGCACUUCCUCCUUCCCCUAGUUCCCAAUCUCGCCCAGCAUCGCUGCAAACCCCGCAGAGCAUCGCACAGCAGUCCAGUAACGGACCUAUCGUCCAUGUGCCGCUACACACCUCUCACCAUCCUCGUAACAACCCAAGACCCUCUUCACCUCCGUUAGACAACGCCUCAGUUCUGACUCUAGCGUCAUCUGCAUACGCCAUUCCAGGACUGAGACCUGGGAUCGGGACGUCGGCCCCUCCAUCUGCUAUGAUAGGCGGAGGGGAUUCAGUGUCACAUUUCGGCGGAGGUGCUAGCAUGGCAUUUGCUGACGCGGAGAGCACCAGUCACUUCAAUCUAGGAGAUGAUGAACGUUUGGAUGAACGUGACGUUGAUGCAAGUGUCAGGGCACUCAGGCCACGUAGUUCGAGAAGGGGCAGCUGGGAAAGCGAGGUCAGUAGAUGGAGUGCAAGGAUUCAACCAGGACCAGGAACACCAUCAUUAGUCAGAGAACGAAGCGUAUGGACGACGAACAGUGUUCGUACAGGUGCUUUGAGCAUGGACCGCGUCGAGCAGGACGAAGAGAACUUGGAUGGCCAGCUGGAGGGAGGUACGACAGAGACUGAGGCUCCACCGUCGUCUGGCCUUGAAGCAUCUGUAUAUACUUCGGACUCGACAACGCCAGCCUCUACCACCCCCGCCAUCUCCACGGAGCUUGCUUCACUCGCUGGGUCGCGACCUCCUUCCAAGACUUCGCAUAACUCAAAUGAAGAUCCCCCUGCUGCCGUUGAAAUACCCGCGGUCGAAGCUGCUGCGCCCCAGACGAAGAACACUGAGACUUCCCAACCAUUUCCGUCCAAGGAGCAUUAG